AUGAAGGACAUCCUGUCUAAAAAGAGAAAGAUGGGAGAGUAUGAAACUGUGGCAUUGACAGAAGAGUGUAGCAUCGUUCUGCAAAGGAAGCUCCCUCGGAAAUUGAGAGAUCCUGGGAGUUUUACCAUACCAUGUAUUACUAGGAACUUUGAGAGUAUGAAUGCUCUAUGUGAUUUGGGGGCGAGCAUUAAUCUGAUGCCGCAUUCCGUUUUCAGAAUAUUAAAGUUGGGAGAAGCAAGGUCUACCACAGUGACUUUACAACUGGUAGACAGAUCAUUAGCUCAUCCACGGGGUAUUAUAGAAGACGUCCUGGUAAAAGUGGACAAGUUCAUCUUCCCAACAGACUUUAUUGUUCUUGAUAUGGAGGAGGAUGCUAACGUGCCAAUCAUCCUUGGAAAACCAUUUUUGGCAACAGGCCAAGCUUUGAUUGAUGUGCAGAAGGGUGAGUUAAGGCUGAGAGUACAGGGUGAGGAAGUUGUUUUUAAUGUACUCAAAGCUAUGACUUAUCCCGUGGCCAGUGAUGGUUGGUUCGCAGUUGAUGUGGUGGAGAGUUUAGUAGAGCCAAAGAAGAUAGUAGAAGACCUUCUUGAGUUGAGUUUGGUAGAGGAGGAUGUGACUGAGCAAGAUGGAAAGGAGGCCAUAGAGUAUGCGAAGUGGUUGAAUUCUUAUGGGCCUAUGAAGAGGAAAUACUUUGAAGAGCUUGGUUCAGUACCUGAGAGACCAUUACCUUUAGUGGAGAAGCCACCAGAGUUGGAGUUGAAGGUUUUACCACUUGCAGUAUGA